CUUUUAAUGUUCGAAAAUAAAAUCAGAAAGGGUUACUUUAACAGUUGCUUUUCGGAUUAUUUGGAUCGACAUAGACUGAACUAUAUUUCGAUAAGAAUUUGCAAAUCCGGAAGUGUUGCUCGGUUCAUGAAAACUCGCAUCUUAGGUUCUGGUUAUGGCAGGAAACUAUUAUUUUGUGAUGGUUGGGCACCAUGAUAACCCAUUAUUUGAGAUGGAAUUUUUUCCACCAAACCGAUCUAAUGAUCCAAAGAAGGAUGAUCAUCGGCAUUUGAAUCAGUUUGUGGCCCAUGAAGCACUGGAUCUAGUUGAUGAGCAGAUGUGGUCUACCAGUAACAUGUACCUGAAGAUUGUAGACAAGUUCAAUGAAUGGUUUGUGUCAGCAUUUGUCACAGCAGGACGUAUGAGAUUUAUUAUGCUGCAUGAAGUGAAGAAUGAGGAUGGUAUCAAGAACUUUUUCACUGAAGUUUAUGAAACUUAUAUCAAGCAUGCAAUGAAUCCCUUCUACGAGAUCAACAAACCUAUUACAUCUUCUGCUUUUGAGAAGAAGGUGCAGUUUUUUGGUAAGAAGUACCUUACAGGAUAAUAGAACUAAUGCCAGAAACUAGCCAGAAUCAUACACUUGUUGUGGGAACCAGUUACAAGAUCUGUGAUAUUAUAUGUUGUAUUUACUGCAAAUGACAGUGGACUUGAGUUUAAGGAUUGCAUAAUGGAAUUUGGAUGUGAUUAACCUUUGAUUCUUGACCUUUGAUUCAAACUUAGAAGAAUUUGAAGGAAUUCUGUAUGGGCAUGGAAACAGAAAUGGUUUAUGAAAGAAGUGUAGUUAUUUCAAAGCUUUGAUGCUGGUUUCACCAUGGAGAAGAAAUAAGUGAAUGAAAAUGGUGCAUGUAACAUUCAGGGGUGUAACUUAAACGCGUUAUCAUUUUUAUGCCCCCGAAGGGAGGCAUAUAGUUUUUGAACCGGCUGUCUGUCUGUCGGUCUGUCCGCAUUUUUCGUGUCCGGUCCAUAUCUUUGUCAUCGAUGGAUGGAUUUUCAAAUAACUUGGCAUGAAUGUGUACCACAGUAAGACGACGUGUCGCGCGCAAGACCCAGGUCCGUAGCUCAAAGGUCAAGGUCACACUUAGAUAUUAAAGGAUAGUGCAUUGAUGGGCGUGUCAGGUCCAUAUCUUUGUCAUCGAUAGAUGGAUUUUCAAAUAACUUGGCAUGAAUGUGUACCACAGUAAGACGACUUGUUGCGCGCAAGAUCCAGGUCCGUACCUCAAAGGUCAAGGUCACACUUAGACAUUAAGGGAUAGUGCAUUGAUGGGCGUGUCCGGUCCAUAUCUUUGUCAUCGAUGGAUGGAUUUUCAAAUAACUUGGCAUGAAUGUGUACCACUGUAAGACGACGUGUCGCGUGCAAGGCCCAGGUCCGUAGCUCAGAGGUCAAGGUUACACUUAGACGUUAAAGGUCAUUUUUCAUGAUAGUGCAUUGAUGGGCGUGUCAGGUCCAUAUCUUUGUCAUUCAUGCAUGGAUUUUAAAAUAACUACGCAUGAAUGUGUGGCACAGUAAGACGACGUGUCGCGCGCAAGACCCAGCUCCGUAAGUCAAAGGUCCUAAACUCUAACAUCGGCCAUAACUAUUCAUUUAAAGUGCCAUCGGGGGCAUGUGUCAUCCUAUGGAGACAGCUCUUGUUAUAACCUAUUGGCGUUACAAAAUAUUGUCUGGUCACUGACAGGAUCGAUAUUGUAACUGUUUGUUUUAUUCUUAUAUGUUCUCCGUUUAUAUUGAAAAAUGACUGGUACAAAAUGUAUUUCAUAGAGUACUCCUAAACCAACCGUUUACUGCAUCUCGGAAAUGUGUCACAGUCUAAUUACUUAUCAAUAAUGUGCUAUUUUUAGCUCGAAAUUGACCUGUUUUUCCAAUUUUUAGAACGCAAGUACGAGAAUCUUAAAUUUUUCCUAUUGUUCCUAUAUUUUUUUCAGAAAGUAGAAACAAUAUUCUUUCACAUUUUUGUUUUGCUCUUGGUGCGCUUCUGGGCCUUGUUGAUAGAAAUAUUAUAGUUUCUCUUUAAUACAGUAAUAACUGUUUUAACUUUCACCUUGCUAAAGUUCUAAAAUGGGCUGGUCCAUCUUUCAAUUUGGGCAGUACCAUUUAUUUUUCAAAGGGAUGUUCACUGAAAAUUUUCUGACUGAAUAGCAAACAGUGCAGACCAUAAUUAGCCUGCACAGGCGUGCAGGAUGAUCUUGGUCUGCACUGGUUGCAAAGGCAGAAUCACUUGCCACCAGCAGGCUAAAAGAUAAAAACGUAUGGUUUUAUAUGUCAGAUUUGGUGGUAUUUUUGUUUUACAUAGAAACAUAUACACCUUCAUGAUUGUAACUAACAAAAAAUACAACCUCUAAAAAAGAGGUAUAAACUGAUAUCUUAGAAAAGCUGAAAAGAACUUGAAAUCAAAUACUUCAUUGUUAUGGGUCAGUUUAACACUGGCCGGUAUUCAUAAAAGGUUUAAAGUCUAAAACUUAAGACUUAAUAAAUAGAGGAUAUUACAUGAGUGUCUUUACAUAUUGAAUUUAUUAAACAAGUUGAAUAAAAUGCGAGGCUCUGCCGAGCAUUUUAUGGAUUUUAUUCAACGAGUUAAAUAAAUUCAAUGUGGAAAAUCACAAAUGUUAUAUCCUUUUUAUCACAUGUUAGCUUUUCCUGCCGAAACAUAAAAAAUUCUACUUUCUUUAACUGCUAUAAACAAGUCAAUUUGACAAACGUCUCCUAUACUUAAAACGACAUUGACGUGGAAGCUGUAUUACACUAGUGUAUUAUCAAUUUUAUGUAAUGGCUUUAUUUCACUGCAGCAACAUCAGACAUGUGAUAAUUGUAAAAUUAAUAUUCAUUCUGCCACAACUUUGUUUAUAAAAGUUAAAUUGGUAAAAUUUCGCAGCACUUAAAGAUGCAGAAAGCUUAAUCGUGCAUAGUUUCGUUGCAGUCUGUGAAAAUCUAACAGUCACUGUGUCAGAGCAUAAUGAUAAGUUAUCAUUUUCAAUUGUAAGUUUUAGACCUUAAACUUUGAUGAAUACCAGACCGACAAAUGUAGAUUAACUGAAUGUGCUUAUUAUGAUGAAUGACUGUUACUUUAAUGAAAGGGACCUGUGCAAUAAAAAAUGUGACUAAAUAAAAAUAAAUAUACAAGUGA